GGAGUGAUAUCUUAAUUGCCACACGAGAUCUCAUAUUUCUCCUGCUUUAUGUGAUAGGUCGCAUGAAAAAAUUAUUUUGCUUAUCUCUACUUCAAAAUUAUACAAGGAUCCUCUUGUACACCCACAACCAAAAAGCUAUUGGGGCAAUGUUAACCUUAUUGUGGAGAACCAUUGACAAUCCCCCAAGGGACACAAAACUCACAGUUUCUGCUAUGUCUCUGAUAUGGUUGAUGGUCUUAUCAAUCUCAUGGAAGGGGAAAACAUUGGUCCAAUCAACCUUGGAAACCGAGGAGUUCUUAAAAAAUAAGCUGAAUACGGAAGCUGAUUUUUGGUCGUGCAAGUGUCAAGAUCUAUCGGUGAUGUGCAUCUCAAGAGACCUGACUUUUACAAAUACCCAGAUUUUCAGCAAUUUAGAAACCCAUUACUUUGAAGCAUCCUGUAAUGAAGUAUAAGGUUUUGUCUGAAGAGGAGAAAAAAUUAAGUUCAAGUCAAAAAGCUUUUGCGUACAUAUUAUAACUCAAGUGAGCUAUAAGGAAACGCUAAUCUAGGGAUUCUCCUGAAAGAUUAAAUGAAAUUGUGAUUGUAUUUUGAAAUA